UUCCCGCGGCGCAGUGCCACGGCCACACUCCGGAACUGCGUGUGCUCAUAUGUGGGGCGUUUUUUUUUUUUACUGUGUGUGUGUGUUUGUGUGUGUGUCACGAUUUAAGAAAGAACACUCAUUUUUACUUCUUCGUUUCGUUUCAAUUCGAUACAUUCGGAAAUAUAUUUCCUCGACAUUUGUUGUUGUUGUUUGUUGUGUUUUUGGGAGGACGGAGAAUCCACUCCACGGUUUCUCCACGGUUCCGACUCCAAGCGUUCGGUAUGGAUUAGGUUUCGUGCUCGCGCACUAACCGGCCGAGAAGCUUUGAGACGGUUGUCCGUCACUUUUUAUGGCCCCCCGCGUCCAACGAUGUCGAUGAGUUUCGCGCCCGACGGCCUGGGUUCUGCUGCGGAUGCGUCCAAAUCGGCGUUCUUGGAGCUCGGACACGGGAUCCCCGCCAGCCAGCAGCACUUCUCGGGGAUCGCGACUAACGUUUACCCCGCGCACGGGCUGCACUCGGGCGGACACCCGCAGCACGAGAGUCCCUUUUCGUCCGGCGCGUGCCACUACGGCGGACCGCUCGGUUACGGCUAUCCCGGUCCGCUCAACGCACCCGCACCCGCCCCCGCUCCCGCGUACCUCCACUACCAACAGGGCAACUACAGAAACCCACUGAGCCACAGCAGGAAUGACGAUGACGAUCACGAGAAGCAGCCGGUGAUUGAGAACGGAGAAAUCCGUGUGAGUGGUAAAGGGAAGAAGAUGCGCAAACCGCGCACAAUCUACUCGAGUCUGCAGCUCGCCGCGCUGCAUCAGCGCUUCCAGCAGACCCAGUACCUCGCCCUGCCCGAGAGAGCAGACCUGGCAGCCAAACUGGGCCUGACACAGACACAGGUUAAAAUAUGGUUUCAGAACAAGCGCUCCAAGUAUAAGAAGAUCAUGAAACACGGUCCAACCGGACCUGAAGGAGAGCUGCAGGCCGCCCGUGCGCACGCGCAGUCGCCCUGCUCCCCUGCGCUGCCAGCUCUCUGGGACGUGCCCAUGGCGGGCAAAAGCGUGCACGCGCAUCCCGGCGGCUACAUGAACAGUUUCGGCCAGUGGUACCCAUCAUCCCAGGACACUUUACCCAGACCUCAUAUGAUGUGACUCAGUACGUCUCUGUUCCCGACAUUAACUUUAGAGUAAUUAUACGACAUGUCGUAUAAAAUAUCGAUACAGAAGUUGCGUCGGUGAUUUUUUUUUUCCACUAUUUUUUUUUGUGUUUACUACCAUGUGAGACUUGUUAUAUUAAAGUGUAAAUAAGGUUGUGUGUUUAAAGGGGCUGUGACUUUAUCCUUGAACAGGUUUUGUUCUCAGUGCUUGUUGAUAUUAUUAAUCAUCGGUGCUUCUCGGUUUUUAUUCAGACUCCAUUCAUAUUUGUUUUGAAUAAAAGGACCGAUGAAAGGCUGCCAAA